UCCAGCUUUAGCUAUUUCCUGGCUGUAUGACCCUGGGAAAAUCACAUAACCUCUGGCUGCUUCAGUUUGCUCACUUGUAAAAAUGGAAAUAACAGCACUUAUCUUCUAGGGUUGUUGUAAGCAUUAAACCAGAUAAUAUUUAUAAAAUACUCUGGAAACAUUAUUAUCAUUAUUCAAGUCCUUCAGCCUUCCUGGGUCUCAGUUUCCUCCUCUGUCAAAUGAAAGAGUUAGAAUAGAUUCACUCCAGCUCAACAAACAUCAAUGAAGAACUUGUUUUAAGCAAGGUUCUAAAUUCAUGGCCGUACCAUGUUCCUGGACAGUAGAUCUCAUCACUUGAAACUCACCUUGAUGGCAGCCUACUGGUCCCCAUCAAUUCAUUAUAGUCUUAGAAGCAUAGUGGUUUCAGUAGGAUCCUGACCUGAAUCUCCUCUUUUCCCCAGUAAGAGUUCCUGGCCUCAUGGCUAUUGGAAAUGGCACCACAGUCAAGGAGUUCAUCCUGCUAGGCUUCACCAACCACUCUGAGCUGGGCACUCUUCUGCUCUUGGUGUUUCUGACUUUCUACCUGCUGAUGCUGCUGGGUAACCUGGGCAUGAUCACCCUGAUCUGGACGAAUCCUGGGCUCCACACCCCUAUGUACUUCUUGCUCAGACAGCUGUCUUUCCUAGAUGUCUGUUUCUCCACAACGGUGUUACCUCAGCUCCUGGUGACCUUGGCCAACGGCAGAGCUGUGAUGUCUUAUGAACAAUGUGCUACCCAGUUCUUCAUGUUCACUUUCUUUGGCUCCACCGAUUGCUACCUCCUGGCUCUCAUGGCGUAUGACCGCUAUGUAGCUGUGUGUCAGCCUCUGCUCUAUGUCACCAUCAUGACACCCAGGAAAAGACUAAAGUUGGUGACUGGGGCCUACAUUGGGGGCUUGGCUAAUGCUAUUUUGAGGACCAGCUGCACGUUCUCACUCUCCUUCUGUGGAGACAACCAGAUUGACUUUAUUUUCUGUGACCUCCCACCCUUGCUAGAGUUGUCCUGUGGGGACACUUUCCUACAAGAACUCUUAAUUCUGCUGUUUGCUUGUUUUGUGAUCCUGGCCAGCCUGGCCAUGAUCCUGGUGUCCUAUCUGUUCAUCAUCAGGGCCAUUCUGCAGAUCCGCUCAGCUGGUGGGAGGGCUAAGACAUUUUCUACUUGUGCCUCCCACAUGACUGCUGUUGGGCUCUUCUUUGGUACUCUGGCAUUCAUGUAUGUUCGCAGCAAGUCAGGAAAAUCCCUAGAAGAGGACAAGGUGGUAUCUGUGUUCUACACUGCAGUGAUCCCCAUGUUGAAUCCUCUCAUCUACAGUCUAAGGAACAAAGAGGUGAAGGAGGCCUUGAAGAAACUUCUUAAUAGGCUUAGGUUAUCUUAGGCUUUCCAAAGUCACUGAAUGUGCCAGUUGUGAUCCAUUUCCUCUUUGGUGUCAUCAUCAUUCUGGGCUAUUAGCAUCAUCACGGCCAGUGACAAAUGUCCUGAACAUCUGUGAGGAGAUCGGCUCUGUGCUAUGUAAAUAGAGUUAUAGGAGACCUUUCUACAAGGUACUUCAAAUAACUCAGUGCCAAGAAAGGGCAAAGAUAAAGUGGUAAGCUGAAAAAGGCAUUACCAUUUGUUGGAGCUGGGCAAGCCAGCCAGGGGAUUAAUUGCAUGAUGGCAGUAAUGGAAAAUAAUUAAUUUGGUUGAUUUUAAAAAUGAUGAAAAUAGAGGAAAAAUGAAAUGGAUGACCAGUGACUAGAGGACAGGAGCCAAGACUCAUAUUCUGCCAAGACACUGGCAUGGAGAUGUGGAAAUGAUUCUUAUGAUUCAUUCAUUCAUUUGUAGUAUCUAAUGGCUUUGGAAUUUAGUGUUGACUAACCAGUCCUUGCUGCUCCCUCUUCCAUUCUGGAAAUGAGAAGAGCAGAAUCCUCCCCAGGGACCACUUAUUUGGAGGGGGAUGUGACCUUUUAUCCCCCUCACCUUUGUCCCUCCUCACCUUUUUCACUUUAGAAAUCUAAUCAACUUAAUAUAUUUUUUUAAAAGCUUACUUUUA